GUUCUAAAAACAACAUAACAGGUAUUUAUUGUAAGAUUUAGUGUGCGUAAAAGCUUCUCAGUAGCCUCUAAUAUGACCAUAUAUGGUGUUCACCCUUUGACCCCUAUCAGCUGGAAUGUGUGCAGAUGUCAGGGGGAGUGAUCAGCAUCAGUCCCGGGUCUGGCGGGGCGCCAAAAUAACCUCCAAAUGUGCUCCAAACUCUCUAUCUACAACUGCCAGAUGAAAGAACGGCCAUAAAGUGCACAGAAGAUGACACUUCUCCUGAAUGCUUGAUGAGAUGAACAACAACAUCAUCAUCAUCGGUCGAUGUGAUCACACAUGUUCGCACAUGUUUACACACGACGGGGUUAUACCGCCCCUUACAGGGUGACAUACUCUUUCGCUGGCUAAUUACAAGACGGGGAUGCGCCAGGUCUCCCAUCCAUCUGAACCACAAGAACCAGAAGUUAUGAGUCCUUCCAGGUCAACCCUAGGCCUCUGGGAAAAACAGGACUGCUCCAUACACAAGCCAAUCAGCUUGGCUGAGCCAGCAAGCCGCACUACAGCUAAAUAAGGAAUGGUAUGAUCCUGCGCGGCAUCGCCUUACACGUCAAAUCUCAUUCAAAAUGGCGACCAAGAAUGCGGAGAUCGGCGCCGCGUCGAAAAACGGCGAAAAUACUUCACCAGAACCCUCCAAGAAAGCGGCUGCUAAAGCGGCCGCUGGCCCUCUGAAGUCGCUGGCAGACUUGGAGAAGGGCGACUUGCUGCGGUUACUCGGGAUCCUAGAAGCCGAGCUACAAGCCCGUGAGCUAGUCAUCUUAAAGAUGAGGAGCGACAAGGCGAGAUCAGCCAUCAUGCAGGAGCGGUACGGCAAGCUGGCUCUGGAGGAUCCGUUCUCGGCGCUGAACCGUGAUGCGCAGGAGGCGAGCGAGGAGGUACACGACAACUCGCCGGUGUACGCCAGCGCCAUGGUCCACCUGGAGGCGCUCAUCACCCAACAGAAGAAAACCCACCAGAAAAUGAUGAUACAGAUGACUGCGGCAGAGAAAAGACAUAAAAAGGUUGUCCAUGAACUUGAGGAAGAGAAGAGGAAGCAUGCCCAGGACACAGCCCAGGGAGACGAUGUCACCUACAUGCUGGAGAAGGAGAGGGAGAGAUUAAGUCAGCAGGUUGACUUUGAGAAAUCGCAGGCACGGAAAAUGGAGAAAGACAAGAACAAGGCCAUGGCCAUGCUGGAGGAGGAGCGUGCACAUCACCAGCAGAUCGGGGUCCUGCUGGCCAAGGAGCGCAAACGCCUGGCCAGCAAGCUCAUCCAGGAGAGGCAGCAGCUCAAGGACGCCCACCAGGGGUUACAGGACGAGAAGGACAAGGUACGCAAUAUGGCAGAAGGGCUGGUGCAGGAGAGCAAGAAGUCCCUCAAGAUGGAGGCCGAGAUGGAGAAACAGAUCUCCGAGUUCGACAUCGAGCGGGAGCAGCUAAGGUCAAAGUUGAGCCGAGAGGAGGCGAAGAACAGAGACUUGCAGACUGAGGUGGAUGAGUAUAGAAAACAGUUGGAGGACAUGCGAAAGAGUCUCUUAAAAGGUGCUACUGGGGACACGGUAAAGCCAAGAGCCAUCAUGAGGAGUGCUGGGACGCAGACAGAAAACCCACCUGAGAAUGAGGUAAGAAGACGGGAGGGCGCCACUGCCGCGGAGAGUAAGAACUAUGUGAGUACUGUGAAGAAGAACCUUCUACGAGGUGCCGAGAAUACGGACGUAGAAAAGGCGACAAAAGAAACGAGGAAGUCUUCCCCUUGGCUCAAAAACGCCCCCGACAAGCCGGUAGUCUCAGCCUGGGGACCCAACCCCUUCCCCUGCACAUCCAUUGAAACGGAGCAUCAUGGUAAGGUAGACAUGGAAAGCAGCAGCGACAGUGAAGACGACAAGACGGUGAUUGAGAACGUUCCACCUGUAAGUUUUAAGGCAGGUAUGGUAGCUUCUUCCAGCGGUCAAGGCAGUCCAAGCCCAACAUCCUCAACCUCUACCUUGAGCCCGUACUCCAGAGUACAGUCUACAAAACUCUUGUUUUCUCCAAAGGGCUCUACUAGAACGACUUCCUCCUCUUCUUCUCCCUCCUCCUCCUCCUCUACAUCCCCAUCUCCAGAAAGUCCCAACACGUCUGUCACGGUGGGCGGUACUGGAAGCAUGGUCACUAAGGCAGUAUUUAAGUUUAGCGGAGACCAGGAUACCAACAGAACUCACUUGAAAGGUUACAGCACAGCAGGGUCACCAACCCUCAAGGUCUCGAAUGCAGACUCAUCGUCAGAGCUGGCCAUCACAGAGUCUAACAAGACUGCAGAGAGAAGUCCAGAUGCCAAAGUCACCUCUCCGUCAGCUAAAGCAUUGGGAUCUCUAAUUGUUUCUCCUACGUCUGUGUCACCUGGGGCAAGGAGACUGCCAGGGAAGGGCCCCCCACCCAUCCCAAAGAAACCUCUACACAUUCCGCAGCCUAACCCGGCGCUGAAGGAUGGACGGAAUUCCCCCGGAGUUGGAAUGAAGCUGGAGGUCAGGAAGCAAGCCGUGGCCGCACCCAUCAAGUCUGUGGCAACGACGCCCCCUACACCGAAGUCGGGGUAUGGCAGGGGGAGUUCGGGUAGCUCUGGAAGCUCGACGUCUGAUUCUGAUAACAGUCCCAAUAGCCCGCAUCCCGUGAUACCAGGGACCACGCGCGUUGGACAGCGGUACAGCACGCCUCUCUCUAACAUUGCGUAUAAUAGGAACACCGGUAUCCGAUCCACAAGCCAGUCACCAUCCUCCAACAACAACAGGCCAAGCACUCUGGCCACCAACAAAUCAGGAUCAGUCUCUCCUUCCAGCCAAUCAGCGCCCUCCUCUAAAUCUGCCAGCCAAUCAGGAAACAAGGCAGAAGCCGAGCAGCCCACAUCCAAGAAGACAAGCCAGGUGGGUGCAGAUCCAUCGCCUAGCAACGCUGCCGCCCCGCCCAUUCAUGAUGAUUUCAGUUCAGAUAUGGCAGAGAUCCAUCAGCUGCUUACUGAAAUGAUGGCAGAUGGUACAUCUGGUAUAACUGGUGAGCCAGGCCCGGCUUCGGCGCUGCCUGUCGAGAUGUCCAACAGCUCGCCAUCCCGUCUUUCGCCAUCCGAUAGCCCGAGGAAGCUCUCUACAUUGAAAAUAGAAAUCGGCGGUGGGAGUAUGUUGGACGCAGGCCGGGAAACACACACUACCUCAAACUUUCUCUACCUGCCGGCAGAAAAGGAGUCGCAAUGCUUCGAAUCAUUAGACAACAAUAACACAGUGCCAAAGGACGCAGAAUCUACCACAGAACACAGUAAUUCUGAUGAUGACAAAGGUACAGUAAAGGGUGAAGUAGCAGAACUCUGUAAGACUUUGCUGAAGAAAGGAGGAUUGGGAGAAGAGGCGCCUGUCCGAGGAAUUCCGAACCGUUUACACCAAGCUGCAGGGGAGGGGGACAUGACUAUGGUGGAGCAGCUGUUGGAGGAAGGGGCAGAUCCGAACACAACAGAGAGGGACGGUUCCACACCAGUGUAUGCAGCAGCAGAGGGAGGACAUAUAGACUGCCUUGAGCUGUUGCUCUCUCACAAUGGCGACCCUAACGCCCUCCGUGAUGACAACUUCACACCCCUACACGGAGCAGCUGCAGAGGGCCACACGGGGUGUUUAAAGCUGCUGUUAGACAGAGGAGCCCACCCAGGCCUACCAGACAAGGCAGGAUGGUCACCCCUGUACUGGGCUGUCUCUAACGGACACACUGACUGCUGCAGGACACUGCUGGACUACUUCGCAUCUCGUGCAGCUGUCACUGAUGUUGGCUGGACCCCACUCCAUGGAGCCUGUCGUUCAGGCCAUGUGAGCUGCCUUAAGGUUCUCCUGUACUACGACCCUCUCAACAGCGACGGUCAAGAUGAGGCCACCCUACUGACCACACGACCUGCCCUGGUCAGCAAGGACGUGAUCAAUGCUGUGGACAGGGAUGGCUGGACUGCAGCGCACGUGGCAGCCUCCAGGGGGUUCAAGGAGUGCCUGGAGCUGCUGUGUGGCCACCCUGAGCUGGACCUGACCAUCAGGGACAAGUGGGACCGCCUGGUGCAGGACGUGGCUGUGGGGGACUGCAGGGGGCUGGUGGAGGAUAUCGGAAAGAGGAAAGUCUCAGUUGUGAUAGACACCAGCAGUGAAACCAUGGUAACAGGAAGGACCACGCCCACUCCUUCUGUUAAAGAGGAGGACCUGUACGUGCUGGGGAGUCUGACUCUGGAACGUGGGACAGACUGGAGCCAGUUUGAUGCAGAUGUUGGGGCCGUCCUAGUGCAGAACUCCAGGAAGCUGAGUGUGGCAUCAGAGCUCCUGACAGAGCUUGAGGAAGUGGACACAGACAUCUCUGCAGAUGGACAUGUGUCCGAGCUAGGCCUCACUGCCAACAGUAUCAGGUCUUACACAUAUGGAACCAUCUCCUGGAGCCCUGCCACAGUAUUUGACACCACUCCUUAUGACUUCUUCACUGCCAAGAAGCAUCUUGCCAUCAGACUGAAGGGGCCAGAUGAAGAUUGUGUGGACAAGUUAUCCUACGAGUCCAUGAUCCCAGUCCAGACUCUACAGAACUAUCUCAGACUGAUAGAGCAGUACAAAAGUGUGGUGUUUUACGGGCCCCCUGGUACGGGUAAGACCUUCAUCGUGAGGAAGCUUGCAGAGUGCAUCAGGAACAAGCAGCUGCAGAGCGGGUUCCAGGCAGACAUCUCUCAUGUGGCACUCAACCCCAAGUACACACACAAGGACUUACUACAGCUGCUCAGGUCUAAAGGAUUCCUGCUACCCUCCACACCUGCCAGCACAGCUGAGGGGGUGCAGAAAGCGCCCAUCCUGAUCCUGGAUGACCUGGGGCGGGUGUCACUGUCCGAGGUACUGGGGGAGCUGCUGUACGCGCUGGAGUAUCGUGGUCCACAGCAUCCAAUCAGCAUGAAGAUUGAUGAGGAGGGUCCUACAGAUGAAGAUGGCAGCAGCAGUGCGUACUACCUGUCUGAAGACUGUUACAUCAUCGGCACCAUGGACAAGUCUCGCUCCCCCGGCCUGGACCUGUCAGUCCAGCAACGUUUCCGCUGGGUCCACCUGAAGUGUGACAGUGAGCCGGUCAAGGGGCUGCUGCAGCGCCACCUGCGCAGGAGACUCAUCAGUGCUCACGGUGGUCAGCUGCCCAGUACGGACGACCAGGUGUACAAGGCAGUGGAGUGGGUUGCUGCAGUGUGGCAGAGACUGAACGCCUGUCUGGCCAAACUGGGUCUUCCUGACUUGGUCCUGGGGCCGAGACACUUCUUCACCUGUCCCAUCGAGGCUACCAAAGUCAAGGCCAUUCUCAGAUGGUUGAGUCUGUCCUGGAACCAUGCCAUAGCCCCGGGAGUGGAAGAUGCCAUGUUGAGGGGGUUGUCGUCUCAGAACCAGCAGAAACUGGCCAGCACUGCGCUGUCCGUCCUGCUGCAAAGAGCUGUCAUCCCUGGUUGUCCACUGUCUGGCCAAGAAGCAGAACGUUAUCUGUCCAGUUUCCGUGGAGGUUACGAGGGAAUGGUCAGCCUGCUGAACACCGCAAAACGCUCAGCGGCAAGAGCCAAGCGCACACGGUCAGCCUGGAAGAAAAGCGCGUCUGCUAACGACAGUGACGGUCAGGACUCCGACAGCACUGCUGCAGAAGGAGACUCAGGUGUGGAUAGCCCAGAAAGCCCCCUCAGCCCCACUGGACCCCCCAGCAGUACAUUGACUGGUUCCCCUUCCAAGAAGAGACCCACCUCAGAACUAGCCAGAAGAGUCAUUGAAAACCUCCAUGCCAGUCACCAUGCCAGCUCCCCAGACCUCCGCUCGGCAGGCCUGAGUAACCUGGCGUAUCUCGGAGCGUCCGCCAUGGACGGUGACGUCUUGAAGAUGCUGCUUAAGAUGCAGACCAGCAAGUCAGAGUCUAACUUAAACACUGUCAUUGAACUGCAUGACCACAUCUUUAACAUGCACUCAAGGUAGGCAUGGUUAAUAGGAGACCUUAACUUC